CUUUCAAAACAAGCUGUCAACCCUCUCCAGCGCGCUUUUAUAAGUUUCCUGCUCGAAUAGUUACAAGAGAAGCCAUAGCCAUGGCACUCUGAGCCACUGCAACUGCAGUGUACCCUUUUACCAAAAUGUCUUGCUCCUUACAACUCUGCAGCCAAAGCCGCAAGCAGUUUCAGCAGUCCGCGUCCGUUCAGAAAUCCUCAGACCCUCCCCUGCAACCCUGACCGUCAUGGCAGCAGCCUACAGCCUUCCAGCAUGCCAGGGAUACCUGGCCACGUCACCGCUUACGCGGUCGACGCCAAUUCCUUUUGGCGGUAAACGCUUGACAAGCGGUCGAUCGUCUGCUUCGCAAAGGCCAUCGGGAGCUGGUGCGCUGGACGGCUUCAGCGACGGUGCUCGCGCUGAUGAUUAUUAUCAGAAAUACAGCCUCUCAGCUUCUGGCCGGAGGCGCAUGGUGGCAUCUUCGCCAAAAGCCGCGGAAACAAAGCUUCCAGCGGGCCCAGCGGCCUCGCACAACGCCCCAGUCACUUUUGGCUUUUCCGUGGGGCCAGGAGACGGCAGCUUCUCUUUUGCAACGCACGCUUCGGGAUCCUCAGCGUUCCGACCACAACGAACGGGGCUUUUAAGUAGGGCGCUCAGCGAAACAAUCAAGGAACACGACGCGCUUUCGCACCCUGCAGCGCCAAACGUCUCGGGCGACCCAUUGAUGUUCUUUCCCGGUAUUCCUCUGGACUUCCUGCGCCAAGCCCAGGCUGAGUUCCCGGUCUUCCAUUCGGAGCUUGUUGUAACUGCGUAUGGGCUUGCAGCGCGUGCGCACCAGAACCGCUUCCGCAAGAACGGGGACUCCAUGCUAAGCCACUGCGUCGAGGUCGGCAAGACCCUGGCCGGGCUUGGCCUGGAUGCGGAAACGGUUGCCGCUGGCUUGCUCCACGAAUGCCUGGGCGCUGACUUGUACCGCUCGCAGCUUGAGGAGUUCAUGCCGCCUUCUGUGGUCAGCGUCCUGGACCGCGUCAACACCAUUAGCGAAUUGAGCCGGUUGUACCGCCAGCACAGCAGCUCGGGCUCGUUUACCGAGGAGACUUUCAGGCGCAUGCUGGUCGCUAUGGAGGACGUCAAGGCGGUGCUUGUGAAGCUAGCAGACCGCGUGCACAACAUGCGGACCAUUCACAUCUUGCCGCGCGAGCGGCAGGAGGCGUUGGCGCGUGAAACGCUCGAGGUCUACUCGGUGGUGGCCAACCGGCUGGGCGUGUGGUGCUUGAAGGCGCAGCUGGAGGAUGCCGCGUUUAGCGUGCUGCACCCAGAGGAGUAUACCUGGCUGAAGGAGGCGGUGCGUUCGAGGCAGGACCCCGUGGCUCUGGAGGCCACCAUCAACAACAUCAAGGCCUCCUUGCAAGACCACGCCGUGGCGUACGAGGACAUCAGCGGCCGCCCCAAGAACCUGUACGGCAUCUACUCGAAGCUUAAGAAGGACGGCAAGCCGCUGACCGCCGCCUCCCUGGACACCGUGUACGACCUGAUGGCCCUGCGCGUUGUCGUAUCCACCAAGCACGAGUGCUACGAAGCGCUCCGUGCGGUCCAGAGCGUCUACCGCACCAUGCCCUCGCGCAGCAAGGACUUCAUCAAGGACAUCAAGAAGCCCAACGGCUACCAGUCGUUGCAUGAGACACUGUACGGGGAGGGCGACAACCCUAUUGAGGUCCAAAUCCGCACGCACAAGAUGCACUACAUUGCCGAGUACGGGUUUGCGGCGCACUGGAAGUACAAGGAGUCGCUUGACAGCGACGACGAGUGGCUCGAGAAGGAGACCCAGUACAAGCGCUGGCUGACGCAGUACAAGCUGGGCGUGCACGACCAGAAGGUGCGCCCGCAGGGCAGCCCCCCAACGGACAGCUCGCUCAAGUCCCUGGGCGUCGCGUUCCUGGACGCGCCCGCGGAGAAGCAGACCGACCUCUUGGACCCCUUCUUGCGGCAUGAGCGAUUCAAGCUGCAGGUUCCUGCCAAGAAGGAGAUCAGCGUGUUGCUGCAGACCUGCGACGGCAUCGAGACCAAGGAGUUCCCCUUCGGCACCACUGCCGAGCAGCUCUGGCGCGACCUGGGUCUCGGGGCGCUGCCCGGCUACGCGCUCACGGUCAACAGCCGGCCGCCGACGUCUGAGGUUGCUCUCCAAAGCGGUGACCUUGUGCAGGUGCUGCCGCUGGCCACCGUGUUUGGAAAGAGCCCGACCCUGGAGCGGUUGGAUUCGGUUGGUUGGUCGUUUUCGGCAAUCGCCGACAAGUGGGAUGACCGUGCGGUUGCCGCCGCCUCUGACAGCGACGGACGUGGGUACCCUGGGGACACGCUGGAGGUGUACAGCAGGGACGGCAUGUCUACCUGGUCGAUGGGCCCGCACUCGGGUGCCACUGUGCCCCUUGUGGGAAUGUAGGCUAGCUGGUUGCUCUGCCGUUGCCGUAGCUGGGGGUUGAAGCUAGCCACCGCUGCCACCGAAGCUGUCUGGUUGGGGCAGGAAUGUCGGCAGGAAUCUGCGUAGCGUUCUCUGCGUGCAUGUUGCGGACGAAUGCAGGCCUUACAAUGUGGAUGAGGCUUGACUUGUAUCACAGAAAGUUGAUUGGGUUCCCUUUUGCGUAGGGGCCCGUUGUACAAUAUGUUGUUGCGGCAGCACUUGGCAAACAACCGGAGUCAACGCGCGAGUUUGUACUUGGUUGCCUUCCUUUCUUGCUUGUCUUGUUGCCGCCGCUGUUGCUGCUGCGUGGUUGCUUCUCUCGGGGUGUCAGUCAAUGUGGUUGCUUUGCUGGCCCUUAUACUUGUCAAUAUAAAAUCGUUUCGGCAUGUCGUUUACGCCGCUGGUUGAGAAUCGUAUUAGAUGAAUUGGUCUAGGUCCAGGUAUUGAGAAGACCUUUAGCGUACUUUUACAUGAUAGCUUGGGGCGUGGACAGGCGUAGAAGCUAUGGGCGGCAAAGAAUGGAUGGACCCGUGCCAUGAUACGGGCACUUGACGUAGCAGGAACUGUUGACCGACUGUUCGCAUGUAUCAUGUAUUUGUUGGGCAUCAGGACGCCUAUAGGAAACGUUACAAACAUCAAUUGUUGCUUUCGUUGUGGCUUCGGUUGUGGAGGAGCACGGUACAACACGAGCAUGGAAAGGGAAAAUCGCGCUGGCGGCUGUAUAGUUGCGUUGCAAUGGUUUUGCUGUGAAGGGUACCCGCCGCUGCUUCCGUUUGGAAGUGGGUUGGGAGGAUGUCCUCACUGCUGUGAAGGGCGAUGCGGGGUGUUACAUUGCUGGUUAGCAUGGACCGGGCCAAUGGGCAUCUGCGGGUGAGGCAGCAGCAAGGUGUGUCCUUUCUUUGGCUCCAUAGAAUUUUAUGGGGCGCGUGGUUGCCCCUAUGGGUGCAAUGCACUAGGUGAGUCUUCCUGCUAGGGUACUUGACUUUGUGGGCGACUCGACGUGACGCACAGUUACCGGGUGAUUACAUAGGUUUACGCUUUAAGGACGCUCGCACAAUAAGCUGCGUCCUUGUGGGUUAGAAUGUUUUCAUUAUCUUCUUUGUUUUGAGAUUCGCCCCCCCAUGCAUGCAACGGCCUAUUGGUCGAGCCGUGCUGCUCUCCUCUCGCUCGCUUGUCCUUGGUGUUAAAUGGGCAUGUGGUACAAGACACACAACUGCGGUACAUGGUGCAAGGGGACGCGCUGCAUUCAUUUGUCUGUGAUGUUGCCUGGGAUGUAUUGGUAAUUCUUUCGGCCACAAUGGUGGUGUUCCUCCUGAGAAGAAAAUCCUUCUAAAUUUGCAGCGUUCCCAAGGCGUUCCAAGGGGUGCUGGUUAUCUAAUAAGCGGUAAAGCCGGCCGCGGCUCUGUAACACGCAUGCCACAUUAA